AUGGGCAGUAUUCGUCGCACAAAGACCAAACGCCGGACUCGGGAUCUUGACCAGGUCAAGGCUGACCUCAAGUCACCCAAGCAUCUAUCCCAACACAAGUCUUCCAAGGCUAGUGAGGAUCUACCGGCUCUGGGCGCCUUCUACUGCACGGAAUGCGCCAAAUACUUUUCCGAUAGUCAUAACCUAAACGAGCAUCGUAGAGGAAAACAACAUAAGCGGAGGGUAAGGAUGUUGAGGGAAGAGGCCCAUAGCCAAAAGCUUGCAGAUGCUGCCGUCGGCUUGGGUUCAGACGACCGUCGUAAGCAACAGGCACAGGACGAAACGCUAUCUCAUGCCAUGGAAGAUGUUUCAUGA